UAAUUCUUUAUUUCCCUUUUUAUAUCUUUGAUUUUAUUGGUAUUGAGAUAACUUGUACACACAUCAUGAUGUUUAGCAUGUUAAAACUAAUAUUACGCAAAAUCUCUAAUAUUGUGCUAAAACUGAAAGAAAGAUUAAAAUUAUCUCUAGUUAUCCCACUUUCUAUUAUUACUAUAAUGUAAAAGGAAUUUUAAUUUGGAAAAACAUACAUUUUCUUGCUUGUAGUUUUCUUAGAUGAAUGGUGGAGUUAUUACCUGGUAUUUUUUAUUCUACUGCCUUUUGUGAUAACCAUAGUAACCUUUAGACGAAUAUAUUGGGGAGACAUUUUCAAUGUUGAUACUAUUCCAAAAUUAUAUUAUUACUUAUGAAAAAUGCAGAUCUCUUUUAUAUCUAGAGCAUGAGACAAAAGAGGAUGUCAUACCACCAAACUAAUAUGUGAAAAAAGCAUGACCCAUAUUGCACCCAACAUGUAGCUUCUAGAAGAGGUAUUGUCUAAGGAAGUAAAACUGCCAUCAAUAAAGUGACUUUUGGACUAUUGGCUCAUAUCAACUAGCGUCGAUUUACUCUAUGACCACAAUAUUAAUAGCAUUGAUAUGAAAAUUCGAAACUUAAAUGUUCUUGAGUUAAUUUUGGUGUAGCAUAUCUCUAGGGGAUGAUUUAUUUCUUUCUCAAAUAAGAGAGACGAUGUCUUCUCUAAUCUAUAUUUUCUCACCCACCUUCCUAAAUGGAAAUAGAAUUAUUAGUUUUUGGCCCUGCAUUUUGGAGUCUACUAUGAACACUAGAAUAAAUGCAUGCUUAAGAGAAUAGCAAUACAAAUAGUGGACAUCUGUUUCCCAUAUAUGGUUCCUUGCUUUGGAAGAACCUUCUCUCCUUUGCAUAUGACAAUACAAAGCAACAUAGAAGGAAGCAAUCGACAAGAGAUAAUUUCAACUUGUUAUGCAUGACUCAUCAUCUAAAGUUGUAACCCAUGACAUGUUCCUUUUAGUUACACUAGAUCCAUAACAUAAUCACCAUUUUUCUUAUACGAUUGUUUGUCAUAGACUGAUCUUCGUCAGGCAUUUUCUUAAGUACAUGACAAUAAAAAUCAACGUGUGAAGAAGCGAUCGACAAACGAAAAACUUGGAUUUGUCUAUACGAAAACCAAACAGCACCGUGCUUUCCCUUGUAAAGUUUAAAAUCUACAUGAUAGGAAUGUCCAACUAGAUCCAUAAUCCAGUAAGCAUAGUCAUCUUGCUUUCCCCUUUAUGAGCUGGAAAGAUAAUCAUCUCUUCAAUGCUGCUAAACCCUGUACUGAUGGUGUGAUCUCCUGGAUGAGUCUAAAAAUACCAGCCAGGGUUUUUUUAGAGGUAACCCGGCGGGCAACCGGCCGUCACGCGCUCCGCCCGUCGGAGCCUCACAUGACAUGCCCCGCACGGUCUGACGUGGUGUCUGGGGUCCUCUCCACGCCAUCGCCAUCGAAUCCCACCCGUCCGUCAAGAAUCCCGUGGUCAACAUCCUUUCCUCUUCCCCCAAGCCAAGAUGCGUCCGGCCCCACACGUCAGUGGUGACUCACCGUCUGGUUAGGUAGCCCGGGAGCAGUUGUUGCCAAGUUUGGAGCCGUAAUCGCCGUCCACUUCUGUGGUGAUCAGAUCACGGUCGUCAGCUAAACAAGGGUCUGCAGUUUGGCUUAUCUGGAGUGUAGGGAUGGAUGAAGUGGCAUGGUAUCCACCGUGGCCCACCUGUCAGUCUUCGAGUGACGUGGUACCUCUUGCUCUACUGCUAGUGCUUUCCUAUGGACGGACUAUGGUGGGCGCAAAUGCUUUGCAGGGAGAUGAACGUGAGCGCUUAUGCAAAUCCACCAUGGAACUUCGAGUUAAUCACACACUAUGCCACUGCAUUGGGAUUACGGAAAUGCCCAUCAGCGUUGGGGAUUACCACAGGCGUGCCACUGCCUCGCAGGUGCACUCCUGUGCGGGCGUGGAGGUGGCAGAGGCGAGAAUAGGUGCGGAGAGUGGAGGGCAUUCCCGGUAGAGUGGAAACGAUAAAGCCUCGGCCCUUCUGCAGGCUCUGCCCCUGCUCCUCCUCGCCAUUGCUGUGCGCUCUCCGGCUCUCCGCUCCUCUCUGUUGUGUCCUCGCCGUCAGAUUUCGCAAGAACCUUCGUUCCCUGCGAUCUCUCGUCGGUUUGGUCGGCCGAGAUGGUUGAUCUGUAGAGCGAGACGCCGAGCCCGGAGAGAGAGAGAGGAAGGAGUGCACCGGCAAUUGUAGAAACCAGCACCGGCGGAGGAUUUGAGGACGCCGAUUCGAUGCGCGGCUCCGCGGACGCCGUCGCGGUUGCUCGGGACGUGGCCUCGUCGAGCCCGUCGAAGCCCCCGUCGGCAUUGGACAUGAUGAGAUACCCGAGGCCGAGCUCAGACGGCCUCCCGCUGCCCAAUGGCAUCGGCAGCGGCGUGAGCAAGAAGCCUGCAGCGGCGGCGGCUCCGGCUCCACCGGCACCCAGAUCGAGCAAGGAUGACGUGGCGCCGCCGACCGUCGCCACCGACAGCUCCCGCCUCGCGGCGUUCCUUGCCACGACGUCGCUCGAGUCCAAGCCGCGCCCUCGCGUGCCGCAGGUGCAGCCACAGCCACAGCCGCCGGCACAGGCCGCACCUACCUCGGCGCCCACUGCCGCCGCCGCGGUGACCAAGAGCCCCGCGCGCGACCAGGGCCACGGCGGCAGCGGCCAACACCCCUCCUCCGACCACUCCGACCCCGCCUCCCCGAGCUCCACCGGAGCCGGCGAAUUGCUGCUCCAGUGGGGACAGAACAAGCGCAUGCGGUGCCGCCGCGACUCCGCGUCCGCGUCCGCGUCGCCGCAGCGCCGGCAGGCGGGCGGCAACAAGAUCCAGCGCCGGUCGUCGUCCCCACUGCCGGCGGCGGACAAGCUGAUGCCGCCCCCGAGCACGGCGCCCUACACCCGCGCGUCCAACCUCCGCUCCGCCUCGCCUCUCCCGCCGCGCUCCGGCUCCGGCUCUUCUGGCGGCGCCAGCGACGCGCACCACCCCCGCCCCCACCCCUUCAGAUCGGCGGAGGACCGUGCCGCGGGGAAGUUCUCGGCGGCGGCGGCGAGGGCCGAGAAGCAGCGUGCGGUGUCGCCGCACAAGGUGGGCCCGGGCUCCGUGAUGGGCCUGGGCGUCCCGGACCCGAAGCAGCACCAGCAGUACAACCAGGGGGGCAGCGGCAGUGGCCAGCAUCAGCAGCAGCAGGCCGGCGCGGUGGCGGCGGCGGCGUCGACGAAGCCGGCGCCGAAGCUGGAGGUGCCGCGGAUCUACACCACGCUGUCCCGGAAGGAGAAGGAGGAUGACUUCAUGGCCAUGAAGGGCACCAAGCUGCCGCAGCGCCCCAAGCGGCGGCCCAAGAACGUCGAGAAGACCAUCAAUUUGAUCUGCCCCGGGAUGUGGCUGACGGAUGUGACCAGGAGCAGGUACGAGGUGCGCGAGAAGAAGUGCCCCAAGAAGCAACAGAAGAACCGAGGCCUCAAGGGGAUUGAGAUGGAGAGCAGCAGCGACUCCGACUGACCGCCCGACGACAGCCUGCGUUGCCAGGCCGAAGGGCGGUGGCGGCAGCGGCGGCGGCGGCGGAAGAGGAAGAAGAGUCGGCGACAGUGACGGGAGACGAGGGGAGCGUGUCAAACAGCACGCGCUCUUAGACAUGAUGGUCGCGCUGGGUUCAGGGAAGCCAAAGAAAAAAGAAAGGUUGGAUUCAGAGAAAAAAACGAAAAAAAACUUUUUUUUGAGUUAAUCAUAGCGGCGCCGUGCUAUUUAUAUAGCCUCGAUUCCAUUUUGUAUAUCUGGCGAGGAUGUCGUAGCCGGCGUCUUUGUUUUAUCUUUUUUUGGUCGACAAUCGGUGGUUUGCCCGCUGCGUUUGUGGUGGGUUUGUGCAUAGCGCCGGUCAACUAGACUAUCUCAGCAAGAGGAAACAACUAGACUUUAAGACUCCCUCCCUCUCUGCUCUGGUUAAUUGUGCAGUGGUUAAUGUUUAUAUACUCUUGUUCA